AUGAAUCCUUUUCCGUGGAUAUCAUUCGAGACUUCCCCAGGCGAGAAUAAGCUGACGUACCACGAAAUUGCCGCUUGCGACACAGGUAGCUCUUUGGAGAAUAACUGCAGGCCAUCUUUUGUGACAUUUGUUGGAAAAAGGUCGAAGGCUAUUCUUCUGGACAGCCUCCUCGGCGGCGACGUCUCGGUACCCGUACAUAAAGAGGUGUACCUCUGGUCCUCUGCCCGAUUGCGAAGUGGUUGUGCCCCGCUUCUUAUCAUUGAUUGUGGUAUCCAGAAUCCACAUCUCCAUCCGCCUAACCCUGCACUCGCCCAAUCUUCGAGGCCGGCAACAUCAUGGCUAAUCUCGAAAGCUAUAAACAUCAACACGACAUUAUGUGGACGCAUCUUCUCACCUUUCUCUAGUGUUAUUUGCUGCUUUGUGAGCGACCUAGGUGGCCCCAAAGCUGUUGCCAAAUGGUUAGCUAGCCAGGCGACUACGCUAACGGCUUCCGGUCUGCCAACGGUGCCCCGCAUACUGUUAGUUGUGGAAACUACAUCCGACACGUUUGACGAAAGAAUCGCUGCGAACAAGGCUGCUAUCCUACUUUUCCAGGCUAUGCAGAAUAUGAGGAGCUACCAAGAUCCACUUAACAUACAGCGCGACAUUAAGCGACAGUUUGGGGAGAUCGAAGUUCUUGGUCUACAUGCCUCUAAAUCAACGGGAGUGCGUGCGCGAGCACUGAAAAGACGCGUGUUGGCCAUGUCUGAGGCAUCAAUGCAGGAACGUGCUAACACUUUCACUCAAUUCAGUUUCAAACAUUUUCAAACACUCACAAAACAGGCUAUAGGCAGCCUAAGUAGCGAUGCCUCUUUUCAUUUCUCUAGUGCGUCGCGACCCCACGGGUUUUCAACCGAGCUUCUCGAGGCCUGUCUCGUAGACUUCCUAAGUCAGCUUCCUAGUCAAGCUUGGCUUUGGCAUUUUGCUGCACCGAUUAUAGCUUCAGCUUUGCUGCUUGCUAGCUAUCCACCAAAUGCCCAUACUGCCAUUUCUUCGCAUACUGCUCAUGAAGACAUUCAAUUAAAAUUCCUGUCUGCUACCCUUCACGAAUUUCAUGAUGUAUUCACACUCUACAACAGCGGCAAAUCGUCUGCGAGCGAAGUACACCGCCAAAUACUUAGCACGCAUCACCCUCACCUAGCUAACCUUAAAAGCCACCGCUCAUGUUUCUGUUGCUUGUUGCGGAUGCCAGAGAAGGUUCUUGCAUGUGGUCAUGCGCUAUGCGAUCCUUGUAUUAAGAUAUUUGGUCGUCGAUCGCACUCUGAGAAGAAUACCUACGAUAUAUCAGAAUGUGUUUUGUGUGGAGUGAGUUACCAAAACUCAACCUUCCGCUUCGUCCCCCCUACGGCAGGUAUACGCGUUCUCAGUCUAGAUGGCGGAGGUGUACGGGGAGUGGUCCCUCUUAUGUUUCUCGAGCAUCUUGACAACUCGCUUGCCCCGCUUGGCUGUUCAGUCAAAGACCAUUUCGAUUUCGUGUGUGGCACUUCAGCUGGUGGGCUAGUUGUUAUUGGCAUGUUCUUGCUGCAAUGGGGUGCCACGGAAUCUAUUCAACGAUUUGAGCAAGUCGCUGGCAAAACUUUCGGCAACAAACGUAAAGUAAUGCUUGCUAGAACACUUCAGCUACUAGUAGCCUACCUUGAGGAUGGACAGUACAGUCUUACUGCAGUGCAAGAAGCAUUUAGGAUAACCCUCGACUCCCCGAUACAAAUGUUUAACCCAUUACGCAACGACACCAAGGUUGCAGUCACAACGACGGCUGUUCAUGACUGUUUGCCAUGGCUCUUCACAAACUACAAUGGGGGAAUGCGUCCUGAUGAUCUCGGGUAUGACGUUGUCCGUGCUGAGAAAGCACAUAAUGACAUCACUGUUAGUGAUGCGGCCUGUUGUACAUCAGCUGCACCUUGGUUCUUCAAGCCCCAAGCGAUUCGCACAUUGGGAAUCUUCCAGGAUGGAGGGCUUCAGCAUAACAAUCCUGCGAACAUAGCACAAUGGGAAGCAAGGUUUAUAUGGCCUAGCAAAGUAGAUCCCGAUUUCUUUCUCUCACUUGGAACUGGCACAUCUUCGGCGUCCGCAAGUUUUGGACCGCCUACCAGUCUCCGAUUCUACAGGCGACUAUUCAGAAGCUUCGAGCGCAGCUUAGACGGCGAAGACGCCUGGAAACGCUUCUACAAUUCGAUUGCACUAAGUUUACGCCCCAGAUAUCAUCGUCUCAAUGUACGCUUCACGGGAACAGAGCCCAGACUGGAUGAUGUGCUUCAGAUUCCGAGUCUGAAGGCGAGCGUAUUGGAAGUAGUCCAGGAAGACAAGAUUGCAGUAACGGCAGUCUUAGACGCGAUGAUUGCUUCGAUGUUUUACUUCGAGCUUGAUGAGCUUCCCCAACUUGAGAAUGGCGACUACAUGUGUACUGGCUACAUUUUCUGCCGUCUUGACAUCCCAAAAGAGGGCUUACGACACCUCUACAGUCAACUUCUAGAUACGACGUCGUGGUUUCUGAUACAAGGGACUCCUGUUCGUUGUGUGCAAUCUGUACCUAAAGGCCUCCCACCGUUCAAGAGGCGCAUCACAUUCCGCGCCGAAUCGGUAGAUGAACUCAUUGCCUUCUCUAUCCGAGGCAUUACAAGCACACCAAAGUUACUCAGCGGCUUUCCGACGACUCUGGCGAAGCUCAUUGAGGAUCAAAUGCUAAUAAGUCCAUUCGGCACAAUCAACCAUGUAUCAAACGAGAAGCCACUACCAGCACUUCCAAAGAAGCGAUGCAGCAUCUCACGACCUCGCCAGAGUAAACGUGGUACAAAACGUGUUCGUUUUCAGACCCGGUGUAGUAGUGAGAUCGCUGUAUAUAGAUGUGAAUAG